AUGUUUGAAGAUACUGAUGAUAACGAUAGUUCAAAACAAUCGAUUCAAGCAUUCUACUCGCAUCUGGAUUCAACCACCUGUGAACAGAUUGUGGGAAAACUUCGAGCAAAAAAUUUUACUAUUUCGACACAUGAACUCCAUAAAGAGAACGAAGAUCGAGAAAUAAUUUUUGACAACAUAUAUGAAAAUUCGCGCAAGGUAUCCGUUGUUCUCGUCUUUCUUUCUACAAGCUUUUCGCAAUCAAAAUCUUCUAAUACAAUAUUUUACUUAUCGUCCUCGAGCGGAAUACCGUUACUUUCUUUGAUUAUCGAAAAAGAUUUUGAACCCGUAGAAGAACUUGGUGUACUAGUUGCAAGGUACGGAUACGUGCGAUGGUCUGAUGAUCCGGAAGUCGCUUCUUCUAUUGACGAUGUUGAGAAACAAAUUCGUGAAUUGAUUCCACCACAUAUUCCAACAAAGUCAGAUUGUGAUGUUCUGGCAACGCUCGAUUCCAUUCUUGAUAUCCUCAACGAAGAAGAUAAUUCAAAAGUAGAUAUUGAUGAAAUCUGUCAGUCGCUUUGUGUAACUCUUAAGUCAACGAAAGAGAAUAUUGAAGAUCCAAAACAAUUAUUGCCUAUUGCUGUCGAAGUGUUUCUUCGAUACAACCUGAUUAUCGGUAAAAAUGAUGAUCAUUUUAUCAAGCUUAGCAAAGAUAUAGGCUCAGAAAUAGAUUCCUUUCUCCAGAAGUCUUUACUUGAUGCCGAAAAACAUGAUCCAUUUGGUGAGGAUCACAAACGAGCUCAAAUGACAUUUUCACGAGUGUUUAAUUCGUUAGCGACGUUUCCAACAACGAUUUACUUUCUGGAUAAAGGCUUUAUGUUGAAAAAUAGCAACCAUGCACGCAUUCUUUUUUGGGCUGCACGAAUUCUCUUAAUCGCCUCUUGUAGACGACUGUUCAAUACUGAACAAGAUGCCGUUAAAUUUCCUCAACAGCAGAUCGUUCUUCAGAUGUGGUUGAAAUAUGUCGAUGAGAAUACACAAAGUUUUAACUAUACUAAUCUUAUACCUAUGCUAUUGGCAAUUUUUCAGAACUUAUCGGCUAAUGUUGGUCUGGUGCCGCUCUUUGUAGAUGCAUGCUUUCCAUCGACAGUUGUGAGUUGGUUAUCAUCGAUAACUUGGAUGUUAAAUGAUAAACUGCAACUUAUUCCGUUGACUAUCAUUUAUAAUUUUGCUCGACAUAAAAGCGGAGUUGAUGCUCUAAACCAGUUGGGAACUAUCGAAAUACUGCAGAUACGUCAACCCUUUUUCAAGAGUAACACAGCUCGUCCAGAUGCCAAUACCUUAUAUCAUAUUACUCUAGCUUUGCUCUAUAAGCCAGAAAACAUUAAUCAUGAAUCAGUGGAAAUUGAAGCAAUCCUUAAAGAGCUUCUGUCAAAAACAUUAUUCACUUUUCAAGAUCCAAAGCUAACGUACGGUAUACUUCCUUUGAGAGAAUUUUUUCUAGCAUUCAAUAUAUUAUUUAUUAAUGAAGAACUCAUUACAAAGACUUUAGAACAAACAGUCGACGGUAAAUCUAUUGAUGCGAAUUUUUUUAUGGAUAUGUUCACAAAUACUCUCAAAGAAGAUAUUCUCGCCCAAACACUUUUAUUAAAUAUUAUGUAUCGGAUUACAUCAACAAAGAGCUUCAGGCAUCAAGUCAAGGAAAAUCAUGUAUUCGUGAAUACUCUCAAAAAGUUGAAGAGUAAAAGUAUGAAAAACAUUUACUUACCGAGAUACACAGUAGAUUUAUUAACUGCUGUAAAUGGCAUUUUGCGAAAUCUUAAUAUGAAAGAACAAAGUUCAACAGACAAGUCGGUAAAGAUGAAAGUAUUUUCUAACCAAUCAAAUUCUAUUAAAAAGAAAGUAAUGAUCAGCUAUAGUCACCAAAACAAAGGAUUUUGCAAGGCUUUGUCGAGCAAAUUAGAAGAGGAUUCACAGCUGAGCAUUUGGGCAGAUUGGAAAAGAUCGGGUCACAAUUAUGCAUGGAAGGAUAUUGGCACAAAUAUGGACAAAGCCGACGUGAUCAUUUGCAUCGUAACACAGGACUAUGUAGGCAGUCAGAACUGUAUGUGCGAGUUUCGAUAUGCGAUUGAAGAUUUAGAUAUGAAAAGUAAGAAUGGAUUGAUCCCGAUUCUAAUCGGUAGAGAUUAUAAACUGCCAGGUCACGUGGCUAUUCCAAUGAAAGGACCUGAUUAUAUUCGAUUCAAUGCUUACAAAGGUUUUGAUAUGGAAGUAGCUCCAUCUACUCAAGAUGAGUCCUUUACGAGCAAGUGUCAAGCAGUCCGUGAUAGAAUUUUAUAUGGUAGUAAUGAACAAGACAUAGAAAAAGACAAGACAGUAGUUUCCAAGACUGAUGACAAUAAAACAAAUACCAUCGAACCAAAGAUUGUCACUGCGCCAACAAAACCAGUUCAUGAAUGGACAGAACAAGACAUUGCUCAGUGGCUUGCAAGUAUUCCAGUGCCGCACGAACUUACUGCAUUGUGUAAAUUUCAAUCUGUCGAAGAACUUCUGGAUUAUGCACACGAUUUCAAAGUCAAUGAAACUAUUAUUUAUGUUGCUCUCAAAGAUGAAUUUAAAGAUAAAUAUGGAUCCACUUUACAAAGAAAGCACUAUUUAUCUCUGAAAAAUGCAUUUGAACAGUUAUUGGUCGAUAACCAAUCUAAAGAUGAACUUAACGUCCAAAAAUCUUCUCAAACACAAACUAAUACAAUAACAUCACGUUCUUGUAUGCUAAUGUAG